UCGAUAAAACCAUUGGUAAAGCUUCUGAGCAUUCUUAAACAAACUUCUUCAUGAGUUGUAAAAAGUACAAGUGAUCAAAUACCAGUUUUUCAGAAGUAAGUCAACGUCCAAGAGGCAAUCUAAUCACCUGGGUCUCCAACAGAAGAUACCCAAAGCCCUGUAUUGACAGGUGAAGUGAUAGACUAUGUAAUUAAUACCCCUGCAGAGGGGGACUUUACACAAGCUGCUUCUGUACAGAACAACUCUACAUCUUAUCGUCCAGAUAUUUGUCAUUAGUUUAAGGUAUCAGUCUGGUACAAGGAGAUUGCUUCUACUGAACUUUCUGCCUUAGUUACUGGAGAUAUGACACAAGAUGAAAAACACGUGAAAAAAUCAACAUUUUCACUUCACUAGGAUAUCAUAAAGCCUCAGAGGAUUACCAAGUUUGGUGUGCUUCAAUAUUUGGUGUAGCUGAGGCCAUCAAAAUAGUUAUAAACUUUUUGAACUUCUCAGCAAUCAGAAGAAAUAACAACUACUCCAGUAUCUAAGCUGAGAAUAUUCUGCGACAAAGUUUGAAGACAUCACAAACAUGGAGAAGAGACAUCAGAAAAUAAUAACAAAACACUUGACACUUCUACAACAAGGUAUUAUUCCACUGGCAGAGUUUUAUGCAGGGUUACUGGAAAAAGAGGUGUUUACAGAUGAAAUGGUGGAACAAAUUCAGGCAUCUUCUACGAAAGGUGAACAAGUAUUCCAGAUGCUGCGCCUAUUAAAAAGUAGAGGCCCCCAAGCUCUACCAAACUUCAUACAGGUCUUAGAAACAACAGGACAUGAAGAUCUGGCAAAUAAACUGAGGGAGGCAAUGGCACAGGCCGAAAACGGUGAGAUUUCAACCCUUCUCUGUUUCACCUUCUUUUUCACCUUUUUUAAAUGCUGUUAACUUGCUCUGUUCGUGUGCAUAUAUUGUAAAGGAGUAAGAAGAAAAGAAAAGGCAGAAAUCUCACAAUACUAAUGUAUGUGUAAUCAUGUCUGAAGGUUUCCUUAAAAGAUAUUUGCAGGUACAGAAAAGGCUCUAGUGCCUGGACAAAACUGUAUUAUUUCAAUCGACCCAAGCAGUCUUUUUCCCCUAAACAAACUUUUCUAUUUGACUUUUCUACACAGAGUAGUGAAGUCUAUUAGACAGGAAAACUGCAGUGUCAUACCAUUUAAUGAACUAAAGCAGAGUAGUCUGAUAAAUUGAAGGAACAAUAUGCCUACAGCAAAUGCCUCACACGAUUUGUUUGCUUUUGAGCUAAAUACACAACAUUGGGGAGUAUUAGUUGGAAUGAUAAUGAAAAUAAAUAACUCAGUAAUAACUUAUUUCUUGUAACAAAAGAGAAUUUAGGAAUACUUAUUUUUGCAACUUAAAAUUUUUUGUCACCCUAUCUGAAAAGUUUUCCAUUUGAAUAUUAAAAAAAAAUUCUAACACUCCUAUCUUUCAGGUGCGACAAAUCACAGCCAUAGAAAAGUGGACAAGUUCAUCACCAAACAUCUCCAAAGGUUACACAAACUGCUCAGCCAGGAGGAGAGGAAAGUCCUCAGCAACAAUCUCGUGUUAAAGGAAGAGCUUCAAGAAGAGAGAAACUUGAAGGAGUCUCAAGAAGAACAGUGUGCCUGGCAGACUGUAGAAAUCCAGACACUCCAGAAGGAUGUGCAGGAGCUCAACAAGAAACUUAACACUAGUUUAGAUGUCAACAAGAACAACCAAGUGAAGAUAUCUCAACUACAGCAGCGGGUCACAGCCCAGCAAAUAGCAAUUGCCGAGAAAGAUGAAGAAAUCGGGGAACUAACUGAGAGACUGGAAUUGGCUUCCACAGUCAAAAGACCAGAGAGCGUUGAAGUGACUGACUUUAACAACACCAGAGAGGAACAAGAAACCCAAAUAAAGCUUCUGAAAGAAAAACUCCAAAUGCAAGAAGGUCAAUUUGAAGAAAUGCAAGAAAAUCUCAAGGGUCAAAUCCAAACUCGCGAUUCAAAGAUUGUAGAAAUCAACGAACAAUUGGAAAACAUACGUGGAAAGGCUGGUGAUGACCUUGACCUUUUGGAAAUGAACAACAACAUGUCGGAGGGAGAUAAAAAUGUCCUUCUCCUUCAGAUUAACAUCGAUUUUCUCAGCAAGAGAAUAGAAACACUGGACUCACAACUGACCAGUGCCCACCAGACGGUGGACAACCUCAGGGAAGAAGAAGAAAUGUGCCAGCAAAUCUUGGGCUUCCCAUUGGAUGAGCAGUACAGCCUGCAUAGCAGCAUCAGGAGAAUGAUGGAAGAAAACAGCACAGAGAAACAAAAACUCCAGGAGAGGAUUUCAAGUUUGAAGGGAAAACUGAAGACCUUGAGACAGGAAAAAGACUCCUUGCAAAUAAAACUACAAGGCGCUGAACUGGAUAAGGAGAUGCUGAAAAACAGUAUAAAGCACAUGAAACACAAGUUCAUAGACGUACGGUUUAACCGGCCAAGCAGAGAAAGCAGUGCUAGCAGCCAAAGCAAUGACUCCCUUGGGGACAAGCUUCCUGAGCUCCCUGCCAGCUCUUUUAGACUUAACACUCUCCACAAAAGUACCAGUGCACCUCGCUUAGCGAGCUAUGCCACCCCCAGAAUUGUAAAUGUCAGCUAUGCCGGCUCAACAAACCACGGCAGAUUAAAAACAAGGCACGGAUCUCUCUCAGAUACUCCAGCAACCCUGGAACACUCUGUGUGUGUGGUUUGCAGGCAAGAAUACAAGGAGGCAGACAAUCAUGACAGAGCAUGUAGAUUUCACCUGAAGCCUUAUAAGGAAUUUAAUUUUGAAAAAAGUAAAAGGUGGCAGUGCUGUUUUAAGUCUGCAGAAACUGCUGCUGGGUGUAGCUUUGGGAAACACACAUCUAAACUGACAUAUUGGUGACCUUGAAAAACUCUCAAUAAAAUUACACAUUUGAAAGUUUUGCAAUAUGAA